AGCAUCGACAUCGCGCCUUUGCCUGCAUCGUAAAUUGUGCAACGUAGAGAAACGUACAAAAAACAAUGAACAGGAAAAACGCAAUUGAAUAAUUCAAAUUUAAAUAUCGAAUGUUAAAAACACAGCACUACUCACCUUCAUGUCAGUGAUAAUCUGUUGAAAGAGGCCACCCAAAGCACUGCACUCUCUCUCAAUUGUUGCAUCCAUCUUUGACGAUCCGAAAUGAUUUUGUUACUUGCCCUCAAUAAAGUUCUUCCGCAUCAGAAUCGUUGAAAAGUUCACUUCUUGUCAUCUCUACGGGAAUGUACGGAAUUGCCGUAAGAAUAUUGACGGUCCGUGUAAUUCGCCAUUUUCGUAACGAACAACGAUAAAUUUGAAGUAACACGCGAGAAAACACGGUCGAGUAUAUCUACAUAAAUUCGACUGCCAUGUACGCCACGAUAAUCGCCUCUACUGAAUUAAUUAGAAAUACAAGGAAUCACUGUCAAAGUCUCACAAGUACGUACUAAAAACGAUUUGGAAUCAUAACAUCGAUUAGUUUCGCGAAGAAAGAUUGUAAACACUAGGAACAGGUUUGACGAAGCAACGCACUUUUCGCAACAAUCGAGUAAAGCUUGCGUCUGCGUCGCUUCUGUUUUCGUUGUAAUAUCUGGACACCCGUAGAUGCCCCCUACUGCGACCCCGUUACAGAACUUCAAAUUGAGGAUUCGGAGUUAUGUAUAUCUAAUCGUUACUCAGGGUGAGGGCUCUCUCUCUUUCCCUACCCCUUCGACAAUCACUUCCGGAGUGUCGACUAUUGAAAGAGGACAUCCUGCAUCAUUGCUUGCUUAUUCUGAUUGGUUAUUCAAUGCGACUAUGAACACAGAGAAUUCUCAUAAAGACAAAACUCCGCCAUUUUUCGAAAACGAUUGACCAGUGCGCAUGCGUCCGUAAAUAGAACUAUCGUGAAUAUAGCCUCGGAAGUCAUUACAUUCUAUGCGCGUAUCUACGCGAAAAAUCUUCAUUAUCUACAGAGAGUAGGGGAACGCAUCGGGAGAUCUCUUACGGAAUAGUCAUUUCAUAUUUAGCGAUAAAAGAUUUAAAUAAGUGGAAGUAUGAGUCUUAUAUCAAAAUAUAAUGAAUCGUUUCAUGAUAUGUUACAACAGUAUUUCGUACAAUUAAUAGAAGCCAUGCCGAGCAUUGUAAAAGUCAUUACACUUACUGGAGGUGUUAUCGCCGUUACAUCGUAUGCACUUCACUGUACUCAUGCACGUCGUCAUAAAAGAUUUGCUGCGCGCAAAACAACAGACAAUUCAAAAACAUCGCAAGAAAUUAAAAAUUAUGAACGUUCGAUCAUUAGAGAACGAAGCGUAAUUAGACAUAAUGCAAUGAUUCGUAAAUUGGAAUAUUCAGCUGAUAGAUGUUACGACAAAGUACAUGCAUUGAAAUGCAUUGAUAUAGUUAUUUAUUGUCCACAAUUGUUGAAUGUAAAGUCUCCAAUUAAUGGUAUAACACCCUUUCAUCGAGUUUGUUACCAUGGUCAUACAUGCUUAAUAACAUUUAUGUUAGGAAAAGGUGCAGAUCCUCUUAUAACUACAAUAGCAGGAGAAAAUGCUUUAUGCGUGGCUAUAUAUUAUUAUCUUAAUAAUCCAUUAAAAGAUGAUUUUUCUUGUCUGGAAAUAUUGUAUGAAACAGGAUGCAGAUUUGGUGUUAAAAAUUCAUGGUACGAUAUUUUUCUAAAAAUGGCAGUUACUAAAAACCAUACAAAAUUGAUGCAAUGGUUAAUUUUACAUCAACAAGUACCACCCUGUGAAAUUUCUAGAAGUUAUUCCACACCAGCAUAAUAAUGAGCAGUUUGAAAUAAUAGAUAAAACAGUACAAAAUAUACAUUAAUAUAUAUUUAUGAAGAGAAUAAUUGCUUUAGUAUUUAACUUAUGUUUAACAAAACUGUGUGAAACUGUUACUGUGUAUUUUAUAUGACAUAUCUAGAAUAAAAAAAAAUAUUACUACAUUACUA